ACCUCUGUGUGGGUCAUGACGCGGGUCCAGUAAUGGCGGCCGAGGCAGUGCUCCGUCUCCUGGCUUGAAAACAAUAACUUCGGCUUUCUGGCUGUCCACACUGAAACCAACCACUUGUUCUCCUGUCACACUGCUGCCCCCGUAGACUAGUACAAGGUGACAGCAACAUGGCACAAGAGCAGAACAGGACGUUGUACGUUGGCAACCUGGACAACUCGGUCACCGAGGACCUCAUCAUGAUGCUGUUUGGCCAACUGGGUGAGGUGCGCAGCUGCAAGAUGUUCCGUGAACCCACUACUGACCCAUAUUGCUUUGUCGAGUUCUGUGAUCACAUGACAGCCCUCAAUGCCAUCACCAUGAUGAAUGACAAGAUGCUUCAGAAUCGAAAAAUGCGAGUUGACUGGGCCACUGGUCAAGGUAACAAGAACAAAUAUACAAAAGUAGACACGAGUAGGCAUCACCAUGUAUAUGUUGGAGAUCUUAGUCCGGAAAUAGAUGAACAAGCCCUUAGGGAAGCCUUCCAGGUGUUUGGAGAGAUCUCGGACUGCAAAGUAGUAAAAGACCCACAGAGCUUUAAAUCUCGAGGCUAUGGGUUUGUGGUUUUUGUGAAAAAGAUGGAUGCAGAGACAAGUAUUAGUGCCAUGAAUGGUCAGUGGCUUGGUCGAAAGAUGAUUAAGACACGCUGGGCUACUCGGAAGCCAGCAAACACUCCAAAUGAAACCAAACCUGAACAAAAGAAGCUAAACUAUGAUGAAGUGUUCAACCAGACAACACCCACGAACACUACAGUGUUCUGUGGGGGAUUGAAACAAGACAUUACUGAAGAAAUGUUGCACAAGUCUUUUCAGCCUCAUGGACAAAUAGAAAAGAUUAAGAUCUUCAAGGAAAAGGGUUAUGCUUUCAUAAAAUACACCAGUAAGGAGAGUGCGUGUCAGGCAAUUGUUGAACUUCAUAAUUCUAAUUUAAAUGGACAAAUGAUUAGGUGUUCUUGGGGUAAAGACACUGGAGUGGACCAAACCAGCAAUCCAGCGCAAGAAGCCAAUGGGGCACAACCUAGUAUGCCUAGCUACCCCAAUGGUGGUGGCUUUCCCAACCAGAUGGGCCAGAUGGGGUACUGGCAGUAUUACCCACAACAGAUGCCCUACACCAAAUGCCCUACAACCAGUACCCCUAUGGCUAUCAACCCAAUCCUGGCUAUAUGUGGAUGGGGUGGGGGCAGCAGGGAUGGGGCCAGCCCAGCCAACCAGCACCUCCAGCACCUCAGCAGGGACAACCUCAGCAGUGAGGUACUGAUGCUAGGCGGCCUCCAGACACCAAGCCCACGAUGCUUCAUUUUCAUCUUUGGGUGCUGUGUUGCCUUGUUGUCCUAUUUAAGUGCAACACUGCAGAUGAAUGAGGUGUCCAUGUUGCUCUUGGCACUAAAACACCUCUACCAACAAGAUCUGCCACAAGUUGCUUCAUUGAACAACAUACAAUUUAACUACAAAGUUAAGAGGAUUGCAUAUCCCAGCUUAUGAAAAUUUUUUAGAUUUUCUGAGGUCAUUGAAAUUAUUUGUUUUUUAUGCUUGUGAUCUUAAGUAAUGUGAAAUAUUAUUGGCAUAGAGGUCAGAAACUCUUGUUCUAUAAGAUAACGUACUGCUACAAGGUCUUAAGACAAGCUGUCCUAGAAGUCAAGUCUUGUCUCUCUCCUCCACUUAGCAGGAUAGCUGAUUAGUGUACAUGUACCAACUUGCAAAAUUCUUAUAUUUGAGAUGUAUUAAUUUAUGUCAGCAGUUAGCAUUUUUUAUUUUUUUUAUUUUAGAUAUUCAAAACUAUUAGUACAAAAAUUCAAGUUAUUAACUUUAGGUAGGUCACAGAAACAUGUUUUUAUACCAGUGGUUCACAACCUAUGGUACAUGUACCAUUAGUGCUAUGAGAAAGCUUUCCAGGUGAGCACUUCCAGGAUCAUAUGUGAUUUUUAAGUUUAAUUGAAUUUAUUCAUAUCUCAGAAAAAUUAUUAUUGCAUUGCACAAGGUAAUCUGGCAUCGGUCAUCUGGUAAAAGAGCAGAUGCAUCCCUCACAUUAAAUUGAGUUGUGUUCCUUGUUGUUAGUUCAUUUGUGUGUUCUACUUAUGGAUAAAUUGAUAUUUGCUGGGAUUAAUUUUUUUUGGAACAAAGUGGUACACGGGGACUGUACAGGACCUCCAAAUGGUACUCGCUCAGGAAAUGGUUGGGAACCACUGUUUUACACAAAUGCAUUCAAUGUCUUGGGCUGCAAGUUGACAGUUAUGUGUAUCUAUGUAUAUAAAUAUUAUAUUAUAUUUGUUUCCACAUUUUUCUGAAGGGUUAGUAUUUUGAUAUUGUUUUCAUAUUGAUAUUUUGAAUAUCAUCUUGAAGUAAGGCAGAUUGAUAAUGUGAUAGGGAAUAUCUUGAAUGUUUUUUUUUAAUGUAGGAAGGGCUUUAUAGGUGUACUAAUUAGGCUUUGUAAAGGUUUUAGAACAGGGGUGAGAAACCUAUGUCCUGUCAAGGUCCACUGGAAUAUUUUUAACACAGAUUGUGGGCCAUUAAAAAAUAGUGUUUGUAACUUCUCACAUUCUGAGUUCUUUGAUAACUAACUUAAGUGACAUGUAGUCCAGUAUACAUGAAUAUUUUAUAUUUUAUUAAUUAUGGUAUGAAGUAGCAUUCCUGAACAGAGUUAUAGGCCUUAUCAAAUGUCCCUGUGGCCCUUAUACAAUCCAGAGGCUGGAAGUUCCCCACCCAUGUUUUAGAAAGUAGGAAGGGCUUUACAGGUGUACUAAUUUGGUGACCUGCUGAAACUGGAGAAGAGACACAAGAUAUGGAUUUAUAUCAGCUUUGCCUGAGAUGACUGUAGCUAAAUACUGUACUUAGCUUUUGGAAGUUAUUUCAUUCACCUUUAAAGCCAGAACUGACAAUAUGCCAUAAAAAAUAGAUAUGUGUGUAUGUUUAGCUGAGGUGAUGAAUAAACUUUGUGGCUGUUGUUACUCAGUCCUUAAAUUGCUUCAUUGAAACCAUAUUGUUGAUCAGUAUUUAUUCAUUAAUCCAUCAGUGCCACGGACCUAACUUCAUUAUUUCCAUUGCUGGGCAAAAUGAUAGAAAAAUGUAAUCAAUAAAUGAAUAGUGAGAACCUUAUCUGCAAUAAUCAAUGACUGAUGAUUCAUGUCGUCCAAUAACUGAUAAAUCGUUAAAUGCAAAGUUCUAAUUCUUAACGAUGAUGUUGAUAUAUUAAUAAAGAAGUUAGUGAAGCCAAAUCUUUAUUUUUAUAUUUAUCUUAAAAAUAAAAGAAAUGAAAAAAGCUGGCAGAGAUGACUCAAAAUGCUUAACUUUGUUGAUGCCAUUUUAGUUAGAGAGAUGUGAGGUUUCCAAUUUAGACUGUAAGUAAAGAAUAGAUCGAGGAUGUUCACUUUGAAGAGAGCGACAGUUGAGUGUCACUGAAGAAAAGGGAUAAUUCUCUGGAAGGAUGUGUUGAGUUAUAGAUGGAGGAAUUGAAUUUUUAGACAUUGAACAAUACUAAGUUUGCUCUGCCCCAUUCUUAAUUUUUAGAGAGAUCAAAAGUAAGGUAUUCUAUGGCUUUGUUGCAUGAUCUGUUUACUUCUUGAUGGAUUGGUCAUCUCUGGAAAGAUAUGGAAAAGUAUAGUAUGGUAUCAUCACUGUAGGAGUGGAUAAGACAAGAAAUUGGGUUUAGAAGGUCAUUGAUGAAAAAUAGGAAGAGAGUGGGUGACAGGACAGAACUCUGAGGAACACCACUGGUAUUAGGUUUAGAACAGUGGCUGUCUUCCACAGCAGCAAUAGAAUGGUCAGAGAUGAAACUUGAGAUGAAGUUGCAGAGAAAAGGAGGGUAGUUUGGAGAUAAAAGCUUUGAGCUAGAUUGUAUCAAAACCUAUUUAUAUGUCUAAGGCAACAGCAAAAGUUUCACCAAAAUCUCAAAAAGAGGACUCAUUAACCCCUUCAGUACUGGGAUGCAGUUUUACCAUGAGUUUUGGGUAUAAUUAGACCAUUUUUUCUGCAUUAGGAAGGGUCUAUGGAGGUCAGAAGAUUAAUGGCCAGAGUUCUCACUAUUUUAAUCUCCACAAAAGGUUCUAAAGUUGAAUAAAAUCGCUAUACAGUAAAGAGAAUAAAUAUGAAGACGUAUCAUGGUACUGAAGAGGUUAAGGAAAGCCAGAUCACCAGCAGAAUAGCCUUGACAGAUUAGAUUUUUUUUUUUUUUUUUUUUUUUUUUUUUUUCAGCUUUUGAGCAGAAGCUCACAUAAAGAAAAUUCAAAUGGAAAUUAUUUACAAGCCUGUUUGCUAUGAAAAAGUAGGUUGUGCACCCCAGCCUUUAUGUGAGAGUCACCUCGUAAGUACAUCCUGUGUUCCUGUGUGGUGGAACUAUGGUGGGGAUGCUUAUAUGACCUGCAGAUAUUUUUAUUUUUUAUUUUUUUUCAAUUUUAAUUAAAUUUUUUAAAACUUAUUUUAGGUUUUGUUAAUUUAUAUAUUUGCAUUUCAGAAUAUACCGUCAUGAACAGCUUUUUGACAUUUAUAUGACAUUAUAAUGUAAAUGGAAUGUAGAUAAGAAGAGGAGAGAAAAUAGGUACUGUUGAUAGGAAAGAGUAAAUGUAGGUGUGUGAGGGACGACACUUGAAAUUUUCUGGAAAGUGCGAUUGCAUGACUUGUAUGAUAUGUGGAUUAAAGAAACAAAGGGAAAGGAGUUGAAGGAUGUGAUCUGUGUCCCCAGCAGUAUAGAAGAAAAUACUGGUAUAUGGGCACCAAGGUUCUUAGAUAGUGGGGAAAAGUAGGAAUAAAUGAAUAUGCAUGGAUUUGUAUUUGUGCACUUGCAAUGUUAGAAGUGAGAAAGGGAGACAGAUGAAACUUUGAAAUGAUGUAGAUGAAUGUAUUAAGAAAAUUGAGAAAGGGAGAGAAGUAAUGUUAGUUAGAAAUAUGAAUAGAGAGAUUGAAGUAGUGCAGUAGCAGGAAAAUGAAAAUGUUAAAAGAUGGAAUGAAUGACGAUAGGGAAUAUCUAAUGGAAUUAUGUGCAGUAAAGGAUUAGUCCUGGUAAAUACUUUCUCCAACAAAAAGAUCACCAGCUACACAUGAAGAAGAGGGAUGAAAGUGGUGAAUUGAAGAGCCUGAAUAACUAUGAAGCAAUGGAUGAGAGAUUAAGGAAGGAUGUGAUGAGUGGUAAGAUAGAGAAGGGAUGUUUGAUGGAUCAUAUGGUGUGGUGGUUAUUGUAUCAACUUCUCUCUUCUGACUGAUUGAUUUGUCAACUUCCGUCAUUACUACAAUGUUGUAUAUCUUUUUUUUUAUGCUUUUUUGUUAUGCAAGAGAGGAAGCCAGCUAAGGGCAC